UGGUGUCAUGGACUCUAUCAAAUAUCAACAGAUAUUGAAUGAAACCUGACUGCCUCUGCCAGAAAGCUUCAAAUGGGCCGUGGUUGGAUCUUCCAGCAGGACAAUGAUCCAAAACAUACAUCAAAAUCAACACAAACAUUAUUUACUGACCACAAAAUCAAGGUCCUGCCAUGGACAUCCCCGUCCCCUGACCUGAACCCCAUAGCACAAAGUAUUGACUAAAAGGGUGCCGAUAAAUGUUGCACACCUAUAUUUAACAGUUUUUUUUUUUUGAUAAACCUGUGUCGUGUUUGCAAUUGUUUGAUAUCCAUGAGAGCAGAGUAUUUUUGUUGUUGUUUUUUGUUUGUUUGUUUGUUUGUUUGUUUUUUUUAAAAAAAGAUCAAGAUGUUAAACAAUAAAGACAAUUUUUCACAGCCUUCUCUGCUCAUAUUUACCAAGGGUGCCAAUAUUAGUGGAGGGCACUGUGUCUAUUUAGCAAAGUUUGCAUAGUGAUUUCAAGAAAACAAAAUGAGAUGAAUUUUAGGAGGUUAGGAGGAACACUAUUUAUUUUUAAUUCGAUUCAUUUUCCAUCCGUGGAGUAACGGAUUUAUUGCUGUGUAUUUAAGCAUUUCUCUCUCGAACUACAACCACUUGACUGAAUUUCUUAUUAUGAGCUCCACCACAGUCUCUGAUCUUGACAAUGAUGAAUUCACUAAUAAGACUUGUGAGAAAAGCCAGCUCCUUUAGAAAUGCAGUGGUGUGGAGAGAGGACAGGAAACAAGUGACCAGAGAUGACCAGAGAGAGAGAGCAUGAGAGAGAGAGAGAGAGAGAGAGAGAGAGUUGCAAGGGUGGUGGUUGUGGUGGUGGUGUGGUUUAGAAUCUGAUGCCUCGGGGGAACAGAUUGAAGCGUGUUGUUUGGGGUGGAUUAAGUUCAGUGUGUGUGUGUGUGUGUGUGUGUACAGGUGGUUUUGUUGCUCAUCUGGACUUCGUGUUCCAGUUUAGAUUAAGGACCCUUAUUUAUCUGAAGCUCCUUCACGUGGACGCGCUCGAACUCCAGCUCCUGGUCUCAUCAGGACAUGGUGAGGCCUCAGAAGCGUCAUAGAAAAGUGGUCAGCCGGACGCACCCCAUGGACACAGCACCCAGUUUUCAACCUUUGAAACCGUAAAACCAUAAACACAGAAAUGGAGAACCUUACGGCGGAACUGAACGAGGCUUUGCCACUAAAGUGCAACAUGACCGGCAGCCACAAUUUCAUCUUCACCUUUGUACCAGUCGUCUACGCUUGCAACUUCGUUAUUGGGAUUCUGGGUAACAGCAUGGUGGUGGCUGUGAUCUACCGCUACAUGAAGCUGAAGACUGUGGCCAAUGUGUUCCUGCUCAAUUUGGCUGUUUCGGAUCUCACCUUCCUCGUCACGCUUCCCAUGUGGGCAACGUUCACUGCCUUGGGCUACCACUGGCCCUUUGGAAGUUUCCUAUGCAAGGCCAGCGCAGGUCUGGCUAUCUUCAACCUCUACACUAGUAUGUUCUUCCUGACGGCACUCACUGUGGAUCGAUACUUGGCCAUCGUUCACCCAAUGGGCUCACGUCGGCGGCGUACGCUACUCUACGCCCGAAUUACCUGCGUGCUAAUGUGGGUAUUCGCCUUUGUUCUGAGCAUGCCUACUGCUCUAAGCAGGGACAUCUACAGGGUCAAGGAUCAUCCCUCCACACUCUGUGGAAUCUUGCAGAGCAAACAGAUCCAUCUCCUGGUGUCUCUCAGCAUUCUUAAGAGUGUACUAGGGUUCCUUGUGCCCUUCCUCAUCAUCAUCACCUGUGACUGCCUGAUGGGUUGCGCCCUGCUGAAAGCCAAAGGUUUGCUGAGGAAGAGUGCACAUUCUCAGGAAGACGAGACUCUGUGUAUGCUAGCUGCUGCUGUCCUGGCCUUCUUUGUAUGCUGGGCUCCUCACCAGCUCUUCCACUUCAUGGAGCUCCUGGUAAUGCUGGGGGUGGUGACAGACUGCCAAGUUCUGGAUGUCAUCGACACGGCCAUGCCCUUCAGCAUAUGCCUGGCUUACUUUAACAGUUGCGUCAACCCCAUUCUAUACAGCUUCGUGGGCCGCAACUUUCGCAAGAACCUCCUGAGGCUGCUACACUGCGAGUCAAAUCAUGUUAUGAGAAACUCCAGUAUCAGCACCAAGAUGACUGCUCUGUCCAACAGAGCUUCUUAAGUGCUACGUCUGUCCAAUAAGAAAGACUCUGAGUAUAACACUAACUCAAUGGAAGAGCCAAAGACCUAACACAAUCAGAUCACUGGGAAGGUCAUCUUUUUUGUUUCAUCUCAUUUGCAAUGGGAAGGUCUAUGAUUUCAAAGUUCAUCAGACUAUUAAGACAUAUUUUAGCGUAAAAGUUACAAGAAAAUUGUAACUGAAUCAUUUCAAAUGAAGUGUUGGUUUUUUCCAUCCCUCUUCAAUCCAGAAAUGAGACACAAUCAGGCACAUGCCUUGGGGAAUGGAUGGAAGUCUUUAUUGAACGUUAAUAGUAUUACACUGAGGGGCAGAUGUACUGAGUUGCUUGUGCCUGGUUUUAGGUAUCCAUACUCUGCAACAAAACUUUGCUAGUUAUAUAUGAAACUGGAGUACGAGACUAAACACGCACUUUUAAGCGCCGUACACACUGGCAACAUACAAAGUAUUUUUUCCUCAUAUUUCAGAUGCAUUCAUGCAAAAAAAUUGUUGAGAAAUGGGAAAUUGUUCAAUUCAAUUCAAUUCUAUUUUAUUUGUAUAACGGUUUUUACAGUAGACAUUGUCUCAAAGCAGCUUUACAGAAACAUAUAAACACGGUAUACAGAUUUUAAAGGUGUGAAUUUAUCCCAAUUGAGCGAGCCGGUGGCGACAGUGGUGAGGAAAAACUCCCUAAGAUGUUAAGAGGAAGAAAUCUUGAGAGGAACCAGACUCAGAAGGGAACCCGUCCUCAUCUGGGUAACAACAGAUAGUGUGAAAAAGUUCAUUAUGGUUUUAUAUGAAGUCUGUUUGGCCUUAGAAGCAGCCGUAGUCCCCGCAAUCUGGAAUUGGAGUAGAUGAGAGCUCCAUCCAGAUGUUCUGAUGUACAAUGCUUUAGGCGGUUAGUAGAGACCAGUCUUUUUGUGUUAUUUUAUUUAUUAAUUUUUUUCACCAAAACCAGGUCUAAAUUUCACAUGUUGCUCUGAACUUUGUUGCUCUGAACUUUGUAGGCAGUGUUGCCAGGUGUGUUGUUUUCCUGCAUUACUGAACUGCCAGCAUAUGUUGCUGAUUAUGUUAUGUUGGAACUCUGUGAAAAAAAAAUAAGAAAACCAUUUAAGGGUAACAACAUGUUUCAAUAGUCACAGCACAUAAGUCACACACAUCAGUUUUCCUCACAUUUACAUUAUAUUUACAGCAUUUGACAAGACACCCUUAUCCAGAGUGAUUUACAUUAUCUCAUGUAUACAGCUGAGCAGUUGAGGGUUAGGGGCCUUGCUCACUACCAGCAGCGGUAGUUUGGUAGUGCAGGGAUUUGAACUCAUGACCUUCCAAUCAGAUGUCCAGCAGCUUAACCACAAAGCUAACACUGCCCCACAUCUAAGAAAUUCAAGACAUUACACAAGGCUUUUGUGACAUCACCACCUUUCUAAAUGCUACAUGUAUCCGCAAGAAAAAUGGAGUGCAAUUUAAUUUCACACUCAUAUGAAGUUUAUUCUGUUUGCAGCAUGAUAAUUAAGCUACAGCCUUAAUUAAUUGAACCUUCGUUUCAAACGUCCCUUCGGCUGACUUGAGCUCCUAACCCACUCCCACUCCAAAGUCACAUCUAUCUCACUCAUACUCAUAACAUCUUACACAUUCGUUGACCUGUGUUCGUAGCAACACUGUCUUCAUAAAAACUGAGAUAGUUAAUGCCAGAUAAAGACAAACGAUAAAAGUCUUAAGAACCUAAAAUGGCCUACAUGAACCUUCCUGCACUCUGUAACACGUCCAUCGUAGAACCGUACUGAAUUCCAGUAGAUCCUCUUUUAUGUCCAAGAUCCCAGGUUAUGCACAUACUGCCAAAUGCCCAUCUAUCGGUGUUAUUACUAAUCAUAUUUGGCUAGCCUGUUGGGAAAAUCAAUGUUUGCAACAUCCAAACAUCACGUUCUAGAUAUGUAAGCAAGCAGUCGCCUAGUGCAAGGGCUCUCAAACGUUUUACAGCCAGGGACCGCUUUUACAAACAAAACUACUCAAAAUAUUUAGGCACAUUAUUUAAAGGGGUACAAUAAUAUUUAGAAGCCAGAGAGUUUUUAUUUCCACUCAUAUGACCCAAUUUUAUCAAAAUGAUUAUUAAAUUCCUCUGGACAGGAUUCAUAGGCAUAAUAACGUUCAUAAAUGUGGAUUGUGGUUGAGAAAAUGGGCCUAGAGUGUUUCCCGAGUUCUCAUAAAAGGAUCUCAAAUUUCUCUUUGUUAUGUUAGCUUUCUUGCUUGGAACUCUUCAAAAAUUUAUUCCAGCAUUAUAAGCACCGAAAUGGAUAGCCUGUAUUUCCUUUGUUUCUUUGAAGCUUUAUGGAGUUCAUCCACCUUAUUUCAGUAGCUAGAUAACCUUCCAUCGUCGUUCAACUAGGACAAAUUUAGCUAUAAAACAAACAAACAAACAAACAAAAAAAAUAACCUACUGACUUGUUCAGCAUCGUAUCUUCAUUGAACAGCCCUAUUCGGCAUGUCAUCGAAUACCAUGAACCUCAACCUCAUAAGCGACAGCAAAAUCGGGCCAGAAAUUGUUAGCUAUGAGGGCGAGUCAAAUGAAAACCUUAAAAGUGAGGGGUAUGUAGAAGUUGUAGUUGUUAAAGUUGUAGUUGUUCUCAGUAGCCCCUUUUAACUGCUACCUUAAACCGGAUACACGUUUGUGACACAAUAAACAAUCAUUUGAAAAAAUGAGGUUUCUAUUUGACUCACCUGUGUAUGAACAAGUGGAAUAUUCACGUGACAAAUCAUUUUCUUUUGGCUUGCCA